AUGGCUCCUCCCACUACCCACUACAAACGGAAGGUCUCUGAGACUCCCCCGCUCUUCCUGCAAUGUACCAAGAGAGGGUGCUUAAAUCCAGUCCAAGUUUAUGUCUGUACUGGGUCCAACUAUGCCCAUCAUCAAGGGUAUUCUUAUGAGGCUUGUGUAAAUGAACACAACACAUCUGAUAACCAUUUUCUUACAUGGAGGCUUGACAUCCCGCCUCAAUUUGUCAGUGACUUAGUUCGCUAUGAAGCAUGUCGCGGGGUUCUGCCUGAACUAAGCCCAAAAACCAAGUCCUGCAUGUCAAUACAGCAAUUGCUUGAUCAACGAACGGAGGCUCGCCCAUUCAAACCAUUUCCUCCUUCGCCAGCUCGAAUUUCCAUUUGGCCACCUUCAACAGAUCCACAGGCCAAACGACAUGCAGCAUUGGAGUCUCUCUUUGACUUCAGUGAAGCUCUGUCAAUUGAGAUUCCUGAUCAAACUCUGACUGAGGAAGAAGCUUUGAGCUUCUCGCAACAGUUGGACCAAGCUGAAGAAGAUGUAAUACCAUCACCAACAAAUAUCAGCCCUGAUUCAGCUGAGAUUCCCUCUGGAGCUCUAGAUGAAUCCUCAAUCAGUACUUUGAAUGAAAAAUUAUUCAUCAAUGGUUCUUACCGUAAUGUCUGCCUUGGCCGUAACUGCUUUGGUAAACCUGAUGCAAAGCGUGCAAAGGUCAAUGACAACUGUAGUUUCAAGCUCUGCAAGACUUGCUGCGCCCUUUACCAAAUCGAGGCUUCCUGCUCCUGCAAGGAAGCAGUUCACAAACCAGCAACAGCAAAGUCAUCAUCUGGAGGUCCCAAUGUGAUGUAUACUCACUUGCGUCCACUUCAGCUGCUUCAUUAUCAGCACCGAGACCAGGCUCACAUUGAUCACCAUGAGCGUUCCAAAAUUCUUCAAAAUCGAAACACCUAUGCUGAUCAUGUCAAGCGGAAUAUUCUCAUCAAGUUCUGGGCUGCAGAUGGUUCUCAGGACAUGCUCACUGUUGAGUGUUCAACCUAUCCCUUCUUCUGCUUUGAUGAUUGCUCAGUUGCGGUACGAGAAGUCAUUGGUGCCAUAGAUGGAAAACUUGUAUGGGUAUAUGAUCCACAGGCAAAGGGUUGGCCUCUCCAGGAAAGUAAACAAAAGCGACUUCUCUGGGAUGGUGAAGUUCUCCUGGUUCGAGCUAAUGGCUGUACUCCCAGUCAAGAGAUGGAGGAAGCAGAGAAGACAGAAAUUAACCGUCUUGGCAAUCUACGCAAACGCAAAUUAGCAGCUGAUAUACCGCCACCAUCUACCCCGUCCCAGACCCCAUCUGGUGCAUCUUCUCAGCCACGUUCCACAGUAACUCCAUCACGUUCACCUUCCCAGUUUGAUUCACAUGUUACUUUGGCUCCAUCAACUCACUUAUCUCUAUUUCUCUCUCCCUUUCCACCUCCCACAACCCCGAGGCAUAAGCUUCAGACUGUUCGGGACCUUUCAGAGUCACCCGAUCUUCCAGACCAAUCUUCUCUGUUUAUUUGUGCUACCAGCCCAACUCCCUUGCCAAAAGCAAAAAAAGCAAAAACCAUCCUGGCAGUUACCAAUAAGCCUAUGCAAGUUAUUGAUCUCACUGAGCCCAAUUCUCGUCAUAGAAGUUGGCCUUACAAGCUUUACCGCGGAAUGCAUGAUGGCUUUACUCAGCUAGAUGAAAAUCGACGUUUGAAGCAUGACAAUGUAUUUCCAAAGACAUCAGCUCAAACUAAAUCAUUGCAAAGGGCGGCCUGGGCAAAUGGAACACCUGAGCUGAAGGAGAGGUUUUACAAGGAUCCACAUAGUACAUGGCGGGAUUAUAUUCAAGAGGUGAAGAAUAUGAAUGGCGGAAGCUUGCCGAAGUAUCAGGCUGGAAGGAAAAUUAAGCAGGAAGCCAGAGGUAGCUUGUCGAGGGUAAAGCUGGAAGAUUUUUCACCAGAAAUCAUCUCAUUAGAUUCUGACUAG